CUUGAACAGUUUAUCAUGCACGUCUGUUAAGGACUAGAAUCUUAGCCGUUACCUUAGACAAAGUCUAAAUUCAAGGCAGGUAGGAUUCAUCCAACCCUCUCCCGCCCUGCCGCCCUGCCGCCCUCCCGCUCAGCCCGAAUUCUAGGCUGCCACCAAAAGAGGCCAAUGCCGGACACGUUCCGUAAGCUUCAUCCCAACCUUACAUACAUCUAAUCUUAUAUACAUAACAUUACCAAUUCCACAUAACCAUUACCUAUACGUAGGUGUUACUUUCCUAUGCUCUGCGACGUAACGUCGUUUGCUAUAUAGGUCAUUCAUCAUAAUGAGCUUCAUUUCUCUUCUUCGUUCCUCCUCCUCCUCCUCCUCUUCAUCAUCUUCAUUAUCCAUAUUCGUCUUUCUUUUACUCCUCUUCUCUAUCCCCCACCCUUCCCAUGCCACGAGCCUCCCUCGGGUCACUCCGUCCCAACUCCACAAUGGCAGAUCAUACUUCAGCCGCCUGCUCGACAUUCCAUUCGGGUGGGUUUCGAAAAAGCCUAGCAAGAAUUCGAACCAGAACCAGUGGUUUGUAACCCAUCCGAAGCUUGUCGAGAAUUUACAGAGGUAUGAAAAUGAGGUUGUGAUACGCUUCAAUGUCUCGACAGAUGCAAACGAGGCUGCUUUAAGAAAGGCUAUUGAUCAAAUGUUGCUCGAUGUCUGGGACUUCACUGAUAACUACACUGAUAUACGCAUUGAAGCACGUCGUAUUCGGCCAUUAAUGGGUAUCCUGCCGCUUUCUUUACAAGAUAACCAUUUCAUUUUAAUUCCCGAUCUAGCCCGCGCUGUUGCAGCUACAUAUCCUUCCAAUGCUGCCGCACAUUCCGUCACCCAAUUCCUUUCGAAAGAUCGAGGGAUCACCCCGGCAAAUGACAUCCCUUUGCCUAGGAAGCAGGGUGUGGAUGACGUUUUCUUUCGCGAUUACCAGCCACUUUCUGUCACGUAUUCGUGGCUGAAGUUGCUUGACUCGAUGUUUCGUGGCCGUGGUCUCGUUCGGAUGGUCAAUAUUGGACGAUCGUACGAGGGUCGCGAUAUACUAGGGUUAAGGGUUGGCAUAUCUCGUAGUGGCCCGCCGUCGGAUAGCCCAGAUUCUCGCAAGGAUAUCAUCCUUAUUACCGGCGGUAUUCACGCAAGAGAGUGGAUAUCCAUAAGCACAGUAAAUUACGUUGCGUGGUCCUUUAUCAAGUCUGUUGACGAGGAUCCCAUGAUAGCCAAAAUUCUACAACAUUUCGACAUCGUUUUCAUUCCUGUCCUAAAUCCCGAUGGGUACGAGUACACUUGGGACGCCGACCGGCUCUGGCGGAAGUCGAGACAGCGCACCAAGAUGCAGUAUUGCCCAGGAUUCGAUCUGGAUCACGCAUUCGGUUACCGAUGGGAUGGUACUCAGCACCAGAGUGAACCGUGCUCUGAGAGCUACGGUGGUGACCAACCCUUCGAGGCCGUCGAAGCCGGUGAAUUAGCAGACUGGGUGAGGAAUGAGACGGACAGCGGCGCCAAUUUUGUGGCUUACCUAGACCUCCACUCUUAUUCUCAGCAGGUCCUAUAUCCGUAUGCCUAUUCCUGUGCCAUCCGCCCGCCUAACAUCGAGAAUUUAAGGGAAGUAGCUAUGAAUUUAGCUAAACACAUGAGGCUUUCUAGCGGAGAAGUCUACACCACUGCGUCAGCCUGUGAAGGAGCCGUUGUAAGCGAAGACUUAGCAGGCUCCAUGCGGAAUACCCGGAGAGUUCGUAUAGAAGCUGGCGGAGGCUCUGCCAUUGAUUAUAUUUUUCACGAAUUUAGGGCUCGUUACAGCUACCAGAUCAAGCUGAGAGAUACGGGAAGCUAUGGCUUUCUGCUCCCAAGCGAAUAUAUCAUUCCAACUGGCGAAGAGCUUUACCAAGCUAUGAAAUUUUUUGGGGAUUAUCUCCUUGGUAAUAACGGUCAUGAGUCAUGGUCCCAAUCUACCAGCCCCGACCAAAAUCCGUCCGAGUCGUUUGAUCAGGAUGAACAAGACAUGGUAGAACUUCGAAAACGACGUCGAAGACGGUGCGUCGAUUGUGCAUAAUUUACCAUAAUAAUUUUAAAUAUAUCAACUCAUCUACCUAGCACAA